AUGUAUCGAGGUCAUUUCCAUUACUUCACCGGCCCUAAGAUCUAUUACCCGAACAAAGCCAUGGAUUCCUCUCCUCCUCUCAAACCACCUGUAACUUUGAUUGAAAAAGGAAUAGCGAGAAUGACCCUUAAGGAAACAAAAGACAUGAGGGAAUUUGCAACAUCUCUAAGGAGAAGUGUCAGACAACAUUCUGUCAGGGACAAGAGCGAAAAAAGACACUGCCCAUCUUCCUUAUGCGAUAUCGUUUUCGUUAAAAGAAGGCGAGCCUUCUUCCAAUGUUGAAACAACCGCUUUGAUGGAGGGCCAAAAUGACGCACAACAGCAAGACCGAGAGCAGCCGUUUUCAUCCAUUUCAUCCAUCCGUUAUUUCAAGUCAAAGCAAGUGAUCGCUGUAAAGCUCAACCGCAGAAGAGAAUAUUGGCAGUUUUUCCUUGCCCUACUUUUAAAGGAUCUCCUCGUCAAGGAGAGAAAGGGAAAAGAACUAUCGUUUAUUGACAACGUCGUGUACAUUUUGUGGCUCGACAACGUUUACAUUGGUUACAAGCUCGUUUUCUCUGAGGCUUACCAAGACGAUAGGAACUCACCGCACACCAUUAUAGACCGUGCGCGUAUUGACGAGAUCAUUAAUGAUGCUUCCGGAUUGAGAUCUUACAAGGUAGCUCCCUCAAGAGAAAGCGGAUAGAAUGAACGACUGUUUAAAGGUGGCGAUAACAGUGACAUUGACUCAGAAGACUCGUCGAAAAUGAAGGAUCCGACGAAGGGUCCGAUGAGGAUUUGUGUGUUUUUCAGCACUAGGUCGGGACGUUUAGCAACACGCUUACAACUG